CUCCACUCAAAUCGACCCUUUUCCAUAGGCCUUGUCCGUAGUAUCAUCGCUUACCCUCACCGCUUUCGAUCGGGUCUCUCUUCCCACUCACUGUGCGUCGCUUUUCGGCAAUCUAGCCUCCAAAUAAAGCAUCAACCCGCCUAAGAUGGCUUCGGAGAGUUCUCAGGAGCAAGGACCGUGUGCAUUACCUACAUUCCUCGAGAUUGCGAAUGCAUUCGGCCUAUCGGAUGAGACCGAACUACUCGACUUGAUGACCACGGAACCAGUCAGAGACUCUGACGUCGAGAUCAACACCAACUUCCUUGAUGCGUACGCCAUCUUUAGAGAUCUCUGCCUCCCUCGUCAGUCGACAUUAAAAGAUGCGGCAGGACCAGGCUUAUGGGAUGUUUAUAUAGAGUUGGACAGGUCCGGGCAUCGCAAAGAGAGCCAAUACGGUAGAGAGACACGUCACGAUGACUACAUUUACUCUGUUACUGAACAUUAUGCUCGCUUCAUGUUUGUUAUGAUGGAAGCAUGGGAUAGUGCUUUCUUGGAUCUAUUGCUACUGGAUGAUACGGCACGCUGGAACUGGCUGUUGCAGCAUGAGGACCAGCAGAACGUGGCAUUGGAGAAAUUCUAUGAUUUGAUCGAACGUAUACGAUACCACUACUACGAUGGCAGCGGGUAGCACCGUGUCAUCCAGGCACUAGAAGCAAGAAGACCAAAGAAGCCCAGCGAAGUCAGGCCUCCAGACGACACGAACCAAGGUCCUUUGGCACCCUUUCCGAGCUACUGAUGUUGUCAGGCAGCACUCUCUUCUUCCUGACUUCAUAUGGUCUCACAUUACCUUACCGCUAUGCCUAUCUGGAUUUCCGAGAGGAGUGCCUGGACGCUGG